CUUCAAAAGAGGAAAACAUAGCCUUCGAAAACAAAUGGUUUAUUAAAAAUCAGCUUUACUUGAAAUUCUGCGGACAAAGUUCAUAUAACCGGCAAGAUGAUACACAGCUUGUUCAUGAUAAACUCCUCAGGAGAUAUUUUUAUGGAAAAACAUUGGAAAAGUGUUGUAAGCAGAUCAGUAUGUGACUACUUCUUUGAAGCACAAGAAAAGGCCUGCAGCAAAUUGGAUGUUCCUCCCAUCAUUGCUACACCUCAUCACUAUCUCAUCAGCAUAUACAGGAAUCAGAUCUACUUUGUUGCUGUGGUACAGACAGAGACACCCCCUCUGUUUGUGAUUGAAUUCCUCCAUCGAGUUGUUGACACAUUUGCAGAUUAUUUCUCUGAAUGUACCGAGACAUCCAUAAAGGAGAACUAUGUGGUCGUGUACGAGCUUCUAGAGGAGAUGCUUGACAAUGGGUUCCCUCUGGCUACAGAGUCCAAUGUACUUAAGGAGCUCAUCAAACCACCCAACAUUCUCAGGACGGUGGUCAAUACAGUCACUGGAAGCACAAAUCUGAGCGACACCCUUCCUAGUGGUCAGCUGUCCAAUGUCCCUUGGAGACGAAGCGGGGUGAAGUACACCAACAAUGAGGCAUACUUUGAUGUUAUUGAAGAAGUAGACUGCAUCAUUGACAAAUCAGGUUCGACUGUAAUUGCUGAAAUCCAGGGAUACAUUGAUUGCUCUGUGAAGCUGACCGGGAUGCCUGAUCUUACCAUGUCCUUUGUGAAUCAUCGUCUCCUGGAUGACGUCAGCUUUCAUCCUUGUGUCAGAUACAAGAGAUGGGAGUCUGAGAGAGUGCUGUCCUUUGUUCCUCCCGAUGGUAACUUCAGACUCCUCUCCUAUCACAUAGGAGCUUCCAACCUCACAGCCAUUCCAGUAUAUGUGAAACCCAACAUCAUGAUGAGAGAGACAUCAGGCAGAUUUGAAGUGAUGGUGGGACCUAAACAAACUAUGGGAAAAACUGUGGAGAAUGUAGUUAUCACCUGCGACCUUCCCAAGCAAGUGCUGAACAUGACCCUGACCCCAACCCAGGGCAGCUACAGCUUUGACCCUGUUAGUAAGAUCAUGUCGUGGGAGGUCGGCAAGAUCAACCCACAGAAGCUACCCAGCAUAAAAGGCAGUAUGUCACUCCAAUCUGGUGUCCCUCCUCCUGAAGCUAACCCCACCCUAUCCGUGCAAUUUUCUAUCAACCAGCUGGCAAUAUCAGGCCUUAAGGUCAACAGAUUGGACAUGUAUGGAGAGAAAUACAAGCCCUUCAAGGGAGUGAAGUAUCUAACAAGAGCUGGAAAAUUCCAAGUCAGGACAUGAUAGAAAUAUAUAUGUUUACCAUGAAUGAAUGUAUAAUACAAUAUAUCAAAUGUCUCACUUUGUAUAGUUAUUUAAAGGUUAUAGAAAAAGUACUUAUUUGUGCAACUCUGUGUUGUCUGCAUAUGUACUAGAUUUUAUUUGAUGGAAGUUAAAUGUGCUACUUUUAUGUUUGACGUACGGCAUACUGCUAUAUAUUAGUAAUU